AUGAAGGCAAUUUUUGGUAUUGUCGAUGGUGGAAAUAAUGACCAGAUUGCAAAAGUUGUAAUCGAAAAAUUAAAUGAUUUUCUUCAAAAACAGGCUUCAAUUAAUGCUCAUACCUUGAAAAUGACCUUAAUUUAUGCUCACGAACAUCUCGGCGAAAUUGGUGAACGACUCGGUGCAGCAGCAAUGCUUGUUAAAAUUGAACAAAAUCGACUAUUUUUUGCAACAGUUGGCGGUAUUCGAGCAGUACUGUGCCGUUCUGGAAAUGCUUUACAGUUACCUAACCAACCAAUUACCAUAACACCGGAAGAUUAUAUUCAGCUACGUAAUGGUAACGCGACGCUCAAUCAGGACAAUUUGAUUGAUGGAAUAUGCUUGUCAGCAAGUUCACUCGGAUUUUCUUUCCUUUAUCCUGCUGUACUUCCGAAAUCAUAUCAGGAUACCGUAGAACUUACGGAAGCCGAUGAGUUCAUUAUAAUUAGUUCACGAGCAUUAUGGAAAUAUAUUUCUCCUCAAGAUGCGGUAGAUAGUAUUCGAACUGUGCAUAAUCCACAAAUUGCGGCCAAAAAAUUGCAAGAUACAGUGCAAGGAUUUGAAUAUGUCGGUAAUGUGAGUGUUAUUGUUGUUCGAUUUAAACGAGCUCAAGAAGAAUGUUGCUAUCGAAAUAGCAUUCCAGAAGGAUCAUCUGCAACGGUCAAAUCAACUUGUUCGAAAAGUGGCAUCAAUUUGUUGCGUAAUAUAGAAGAACGGUUGGAGCAAAUCAGUGAAGCAAUAAAUAAGAUUGAUGAUGAUUCGAAUAACAACUGUCCUCUAUCUUGUGGUCUCCAGUUAUGGAGCAAGAAAGGAAGCUUUAGUACUUUGGAACUAAUGCCAAAUAACAUCGACAGUAAUUGGCCAUCUGGAAGUAGCAUUACCUCAAAGUUCAGCACUUCACGAGCUGUAUCACCUUCUAGUGCUCCACCAGAUCCGCACAAUGAACAAACAUUAACUGAUCGAUUUUCGAUCCGUAAAAAAAUUGAUAUGUAUGAUCGCUUUAGUGCUAUAGCUAUUGCUGAUAGUAAAGAACGCUUUCAACGUGCUCGAUCAACUCUUAGCGAACAGCUUCAACUACGAACUCCAGAUGGGAAAAUCAUGAAACUAUACAACAUAUAA